CCCCAUGGCUUCUAGUGACAAAGCUCCUGAUUCAAUGCCGGUGGGCGAUGGAUCCGUCCCACCGGGAAAGCCCAUGACGAUGGGUGAUCAGGUGAUUGACAAAAGUUCUCAGAUGUUACAAACAUUGAAACCUAUCAAACAAAUAAGCCAGCAUGUUUGCACAUUCUCUGUUUAUGGUCAUGAUAUGAGUCGCCAGAUCGAGUGUCAUCAUUUUGUGACUCGAGUGAAUCAGGAUUUCCUUCAGUGUGCUGUUUACGACUCCAACGAACCUUCGGCUCACCUUAUAGGGGUUGAAUACAUUGUAUCUGAUAGGAUCUUUGAUACUCUGCCACACGAUGAACAGAAGCUAUGGCAUUCCCAUGAUCAUGAGGUUACAUCAGGAUUAUGGGUGAGUCCAGGUGUUCCGGAGAUGAUACAGAGGAAGGAUCUUGAAAAUAUCGCACAUACUUAUGGGAAGUUUUGGUGCACUUGGCAAGUCGAUAGAGGUGAUCGGCUUCCUCUAGGUGCACCAGCACUGAUGAUGUCACCGCAAGCGGUAAACAUGGGAAUUAUAAAGCCCGAGCUAGUCCAUGUUCGGGAUAACAAGUUAAAGAUAUCAACCGAUGAGCUCAGGGCAUCCAGGGCUAACAUCCCUCCCUCUAAGCCAGGGAAUGCUCGAGUAGCGGAUUACUGGAUGCAUACUGGCAAAGGUUUCGCCAUCGACAUAGAACAGGCGGAAAUGAAGACGCUUUAA